GCUUCGCAGGCGUGCACGGAGCAGUGAGAUCACUGGCGUUAUAAAUAUCCCGGUGCCAGCGCCGAGAUCCGCUCGGGUGGCCUCUCUCUCAUUCUCUCUCUCUCUCUCCCCCUCUCCCUCUCCCUUCCCCGAGGCUAUGUCCACCCAGUGCGGAGAGGGAGGCAGCGCCAGAGGCACGCAGCAGCGCGGGGGCUACGGAGCCCGGAGCCAGCCCUGCAAGAUGCACUUAGGACCCCCGCGGCCGGAAGAAUGAGCUUGUCCUUGCUCUUCCUCCUCUUCUGCAGCCACCUGAUCCUCAGCGCUUGGGCUCACGGGGAGAAGCGUCUCACUCCCGAAGGGCAACCCGCGGCUCCGAGGAACCCGGGAGACUCCAGUGGCAGCCGGGGCAGAAGUAGCACGACGUCUUCCUCGUCUUCUGCCUCCUCCCCAGUCGCGGCUUCCCCGGGCAGCCAAGGAAGCAGCCCGGAGCACAGCAGUUUCCAGUGGAGCCCUUCGGGGCGCCGGACCGGCAGCCUGUACUGCAGAGUGGGCAUUGGCUUCCAUCUGCAGAUCUACCCGGAUGGCAAAGUCAAUGGCUCCCACGAAGCCAGUAUGUUAAGUAUUUUGGAAAUAUUUGCUGUGUCUCAGGGGAUUGUAGGAAUACGAGGAGUUUUCAGCAACAAAUUUUUAGCGAUGUCAAAAAAAGGAAAACUCCAUGCAAGUGCUAAAUUUACAGAUGACUGUAAGUUCAGGGAGAGGUUUCAAGAAAACAGCUACAAUACCUAUGCGUCAGCAAUCCACAGAACUGAAAAGACGGGGCGGGAGUGGUACGUGGCCCUGAACAAGCGAGGGAAGGCCAAGCGGGGCUGCAGCCCCAGGGUCAAACCCCAGCACGUCUCCACCCACUUCCUACCCAGAUUCAAGCAGUCGGAGCAACCCGAACUUGCCUUCACCGUCACUGUACCAGAAAAGAAAAAGCCACCUCGCCCGGUGAAACCACAGGUCCCCCUGUCGCCACCUCGCAGAAGUCCCAGCCCAGUGAAGUACAGAUUGAAGUUUCGGUUUGGAUGAUGCUCAUCUUGGCCUUGUGAGAAACCACUCUUCUGCCUCAGGACCUUCUACAGGCAUCAUGGAGCCCCGGAGGAAACUUUCGGACACAGUGUCGCUCUGUCCCUCCGCUGCUGCGCUGACACGUGUGGAAGUCAGGUCACUGUUUCGCUUUGACUGGAACAAGACGGCCUUUUUUGUUUUGCUUUGUUUUUAAACUUUAAAUAGACACAGAAGUGGGAUUCUGUAGCGAUCCAGAGAGCACAUCCCUUCAGCUCAGUGAGGUAUAAAAGCUUCAUGAUAAGAGGAUAUAUAGCAUUCUACAUUUUUAGAAUGUUCAGUAGCCUGGACUACAUAUGUAUUUUUCUGCCUUUUACAGAUCAACCUGAAAGAACAUACAUGAUACAUUUUUAUUUUUCUUUUCCAAAGAAUAUUUUAAUGCAGAUAAAAUAUUUUAUAAACUCCUGUUUUUUUAAGGUACCUCUACAUUGAGCAUAUUUUCUUACUUUUCUUAUUUUAAUUAAUUGCCACAAGCAGUCAGUUUAUUGCUGUUUGUGGAUUAUAAACAUUUUGAUAGAUUGUCUGAUAGCAUGUGGAUCCCUCUGCAUUUUUUUUACUGCAUUGUUUACUUUGUUGUAGCCAUACCUCAAGUUGUGUGUGUUUAGUUCUACACUUUAAAUUGUUUAAAUGUGCUUCCAUGGCCCCAGAGGCUCAGUUUGGAGGUGCGUAUUGUUCCAAAGUCAUGGCAUUAUGUGAACUCCUACCACGUUAGUGCUGGGCUCUCACCAUUACAAGGAGGAAAACAUGACGACAUUUUGAUGGAUUUAAUGGUUGGAUGUAAAGAAAAGGACAGAGGCAAAAGUACAGUAAGUGUAAAGCAUCUGUGGUCGUCUAAUUCUGUCUCUUUUGCUUCUGCUUUUAUCUACCCCUUACCCUCACUCAAGAACAGCUGAAGGAAUACAUUUUAUUCUGCCCAUGAAGCAUACACCGUGAAGCUGGAGUGCUUAAAAAUACUUCUAUACUCUGUGCUAUCCUUACUGUAUGGACUCACAGACAGCAACUAAUCAGGGUGCCUGCAUGCGUGCAUGCGUGCGUGCGUGCGUGCGUGCGUGCGUGCGUGUGUGUGUGUGUGUGUGUGUGUGUGUGUGUGUGUAACUGAAGAUGAAUCACUGGCCAGGUAUUCAUGUCAAGACUCAUGGUCAAAAUACUCCUACUAUUCAAUCAAAUACCUAUCCCAAAAGUAAAGACUGCAGCGAGUGUGUCCACUCUGCUAUAAGAAAAUCUGAUGUAUCUUAGAAACACCUGUCCUUGCAACAAAGGAGCUUGAUUUGGGAAUUUGAUAAGCUGAAAAUGACACUUCAUUCUCAACUCAAAUGCCAAACACUGGAUGGAAAUCACAGCAAGUUUAACUUAUAAAGAGUUGCAAAAUUUAUUUUCUUGGAUAAUCAUUUUUAUGGAGAUCUAUGAAAUACAAGUGUUCAUCUUAUAUUCGUAAACGCUGCAAUAAAAUGUGUAGAUGAC